AUGCGGUCGACCAAACCUCGACUCGACCGACUCGGAACAAUUUUUGAAUUCUGGUCUUGCCAGAGGCGUUACUCCUUGACAAUUUGGACUUACCAAACAUAUGCCAUUUUCGGCCGCAUCGACGCCUUUUUCGGCCGCCAUUUGGUAACACGUGACUUCACCCUUCCAACACGCUCCCAUCCUCGCUACCACCACGCACCAGUCAAACUCGCCCUCAGCGCCCCACCAUCGUGGGUGUUUCAUCGACUUCAAGCGUCAGACUUUCAGCACCGUCCCUCCAACCAGAAGCUGUAUGAGGGAGCCGAAAAUGGCUUCACUUCAUCCCUUCAGAUGGGCCUGGGCUCCGGCCAGGCCACGAGGGCGCCAACUCGUUUACCGUGGCCCCUUUCCUCAGACUACAAAACCCGUUGA